AGGAGGUGGAGGAGGAGGAAGAAAUAAAAGGCGAGCCCCGUCGGAAAGCGGGCGCGACAGCCAGAGAGGGAGAGCGUGUGUUUGCUGAGCCGGCCGCUGUUGCAUUUCGGAGGAGAGACCGAGGGGAAAAAAAGCAAUUUUCAGGCUAGCCAUGGCGGAGGCGUUUGUCGGAGUCUGGAAACUGGUGGACAGCGCUUAUUUCGACGACUAUAUGAAAUCUCUCGGUGUGAGCUUUGCCACAAGACAAAUUGCUAAUUUGACCAAACCUACCACCAUUAUUGAGGUGAACGGUGAUACAAUUACCAUCAAAACCCAGAGCACUUUCAAGAAUACGGAGAUCAUUUGCAAAGUGGGAGAAGAAUUUGAUGAGACAACAGCAGAUGGCAGGAAUGUGAAGUCUAUUGUGACACUAGAUGGAGGGAAGCUUGUUCACAUACAAAAAUGGAAUGACAAGGAGACCUCACUGGUUCGAGAAAUAAAAGAUGGCAAGCUGAUUUUGACUCUGACAAUGGGUGAUGUGGUCUGCACUCGUACCUACCAGAAAGAUAACUAGAAAGUGUCUACCUCCUUCCUACUGUAAUACUAUUUUUCACUGCCAAAUUGCUGAUGCUUUUUUCUUUCUUUAUGUUUUGUACACUUACUGGAAUUUUGGAGACCUUUCAGUAUCCAACUUGAGCUCUCUUCAUAAGUGCCAGUCAUCCUGACCUUUAUGGAGUUUUGGGUGUGACCACACAUUUUUACCAUCGAAGAGAUCUUUAAAAAAAACAGUAAUAAAGUGAAUCAAUUGUUACAAAAAAAAAAAAA